AUGGGUGGCGCUGCCACAUCCGUGGCGACGCCCGCCGCAGAAGCGCGGAGCGGCCUCUCCCUCCUCACGACGAUGCAGUGGUUCUACGGCCCGACCUGGGGCAACACGCUGCAGAUCUGCCCCGAGCGAGCUGCCCUGAGCCGCCGGAAGCCGUGCGUCAAGUGGGUCAACGUGCAUGCACGUCAGCUCGAGCUGCUGGAGGUGUCGGCGGCGGCAUGCAGCCGCCUCGGCCGCCAUCGGCUGAGGAAGCCUGCGUGCCCCGCGCAGGUGCUCCGGCGCAAUGUGCUCCACGCCGCCGUGUCGGACCUCCACCUCCUCGUCGCAGAGGCGCCGCCCGUGGAGGCGCUGCUCAGCAGGCUGCGCUGGUACGAGAAGCGGAAGCACAUGCUGCACGUCGUCGGGAUUGCCGAGCGCCCCUCCUUCCGGACGUACCUCGCCUACGCCUCGCGCCACCUCGUCGGCCGCACCGUCGUCUUUCUCAACCAGGACGUGUACCUCAUGCCGGAAGGGCGGUGGGCCGAGCUCGCAACCUCCGGCCUCCCGGCCCGCCACACGUACUUCCUCUCCCGCUACCACCGCCGGACGGACUACGACGUGCGCAGAAGCGCCGAGGCGGCCUCCUCCCUCGGCCUCCUCAACCUCACCGACGCCGGCGCGCCAGCGGACGGCGGGCAGCUGCAGGGCAGGCGGCUGCAGGGCAGGCGGCUGCAGGGCAGGCGGCUGCAGGGCAAGUCGAGGCUACUGCAGGGCAAGGGCAAGCUGUUUGCCAAGCCUGCGGCGUGGGGGCAGCGGACGUGCGACAUGAGCGGGCCGUCGUACGGCGUGUGGCGGCGCACGCUCUGCUCGAAGAUCAACUUUGGCUCCUGCGACGCGUGCGGCGAGAAUGUCCUCCUCUACAUCUUCACGCGCGCGCUCGGCUACUCCGCCUCCAACCCGUGCCUCGACCUCGCCGCCAAGGGCACGGUGACGAGGGCGGUGCAGGCGAAAAUGCGCGCGAUGGGCCUCGAGGUCGACCUGACGCCAAAGGCAGUGGGUGAUCUCACGCUCAACGUCACGGGCCUCGGCACACCCUCCUCCGCCUGA